UGUAACGGAGUGUGUCUGGAGGAAAAGCUGCUGUAAACAUGUCUAAAGUCCAAACGCUGAGAGCUUUUGUCCAGCAGCGACUAAGUGCGGCUGCUGAAGAGAUAUUUGAGCUGUUUGAAAGAACGAUAGCAGAGUACGAGGAGGAACUUUGUGGACAACGCAAACUACUGGACGCUGUUUUCAAGCCUGAAGUCCGGUUACACAGAGCAGUCUCAACAGACGUCCAGCGGCUGUUUGUGCGUAAAGAAGAGGUUUCCCCUGAGCAGCAGCAAUGGAGCUCCAGUCUGGACCAGGAGGACCCACCAAAGCCCCCACAGAUUAAAGAGGAGUGGAGCCAGGAGGACCCAUCAGAGCCCCCACACAUUAAAGAGAAACAGGAGGAACUCCGGACCCGUCGGAAGGACUGUGGAGGACCAGAACCAGCCUGGAACCCAUAUCCAGAGAGACAUUCACAUCAAGCUAUUGAUGAUAAGACGUCACCAUCAUCUGAACCGGACACUGAAGACAGUUGUGAUUGGGAACAUCAGUCUGCUUUAAACCCUCUGCAAAACAAUAAAAUUGAUGCAUCUGUAAUGAAAGAUGAAGACCUGGCAAAGCACCUCUCUAAAGCUGGAGAUAGAAACGCUGCUGUGGCCUUCUGCCGGCAAGCAGUGCAUCACUUGACGCAUGCAGGAAAGACGCUGUACUUAAAAGGCUGGGGCAGAGAUGGCCGUCUGGAGUACCUGUAAAAAACAAGGCAUUAGCAGGAAAUACAAA